AUGCCGUUCCAGCGUGAUGAUCCCUCCGAGCCGGACUCUCUUCCACGGGCCUGGAAAGCAAAGCAGCGAUCUUGGGUCCUGGCAGGGCUGCGGCAGCUUGAGGCACCUUUGGCGCCUUUGUUGCAAUUACCAACGAUCUUAAAGGGCCAAUUGGAAGUUUUCAACCAUGCCGGGUACUCAUGGAUACUCACUAUAGGUUACCAGGUUCUGGGUCUUCGCCCAUUGCUUCAGGUGUUUGCCACCCUGGUCAGCCUUUUGUUUGCGGUUCCGAAUCUGGAGUUCGAGCCGUUGGACCACUUUGAAUCUUUUGCUGGAGACUUUGAGGUCACGAAGGAAGGCCGCCGAGCAACACCCUUCGACGUGCGCAUCGAUCCUAACACGAUGGACCUGCUCAGCCCCCAGGGUUUUGCAAACGCACUCCACGCAGUGUGCUGCCUCAAGCCAGGGUCUGCCACCCUUGCAGCCCCAGUUUUGCUAGCGCUGCCCAUGCCUAGGUUGCCUGAGCAUAUCAGCACACCCCCUCGUGUCCGCGUGCGAGCAAAAACCCCUACGUCUGCAUCUACCUCUGCUGGGGCCAUGGCAAGGCCAUCGGCCUUGAGGAAUGGUAAGAAGACGCCCAAUCAGAAAAGAAAACGUGAGGCCAAAGAGAUGGCCCAGGGUGAGACAGUGAAGACAGACCCAAAGCAGGACCAGAAGAAGGAUAAGAAGGAGCGCAUCGAACAGAAGGCAGAAGGAAAAGCUGUGAAGAAGUCAGAGAAGCCAGAGAAGAAGGAGAACACGGAUCAGAAGAAGCCAGAGAAGAAGGAGAAGGGUGGAAAGAAGGAUGAGAGCCCAGAGAUCAGACAUGACAAGAAGCCAGAGAAGGAGAAGAAGCCAGAGAAGGAGAAGAAGUCAGAGAAGGAGAAGAAGUCAGAGAAGGAUAAGAAGUUAGAUAAGAGGAAUGGAAAGAAGGAGAAGAAGCAGAAGGAAGAGGUGCAGGAGGAGCAACGGGAGAAGAAGCCAGAGAAGACCCAUGAAUGCGAGAAGAAGGAGGAAGGCGAGAAGGUGGAGAAGCGGGAGGUGAAGAGUAAAGAGAAGAAGGAGAAGAAGGAUAAAAAAGACAAGAAGCCAGAGAAGGCGAGCAAGAGGAAGGAUGAGAAGAAGGCAGAAGAGGAGGAGGAGGCAGAAGUGGAGACUGCGAAGUCGAAGAAGAUCAAGUACGUGCCAUGCAAGAAGCGUAAGAUCGAGCACAUCUUUACGCCAAGCGUGGCUGGAUCUGAUUCAGGCCUGUCUGCCAAAGAAAGGGCUGAGAUGAGGUUGAGAGAGUUGCAAGACACUUUGGAGGCCUCCGACGAAGAUGAUUCCAGCUCAUGCCCUGCAACUGACUUGGAGAGACAGCUUGAGUUUGGGUCGCUGGAGAGUGAUGGCGACGAUGAGGCUGAGGAGGACGAGACCAAUUCAGACGCUGAGUCUGAGGAUGGGUCUGAUGGCCAGUCAGCUGAAAGUGAAGAAGAUGAAGAAGAAGAUGGAAGCAGUGAGACCACAGCUGGCGAGGAUGACCAUGGCGAUGAGGAGGAGGAAGAGGAGAGUGCGCAAGAGGAAGAGGAAGAGAAGGCAGAAAAAGGAGAAGGUGGAGAUGGAGAAGGGUCGCCUCAGGAGCACGCCCUGGUGCCAGUGAUAGAUCAAACCAAGUGCACAACCGUGGCACUCCGCAAUUCAGUGACCAACAAAAAGGAUUGGGACACUUUUUGUCGCCAAGCAAAGUCCAAGAUGCCCUUCAACCUGUCCGAGUACUUCACAACGGCCAAGAAUGACCUGUUCAACGUUUGGUUGGACUCUGGGUGCAGCUGGAGCAAAUGCGCCCUAGAAGUGGAGCGUCGACAGGCCGAAAAGAACAUCUCAAAGCGGGCCUGGAAAGCAGUGCAGGGGAAGGUUUUGAAAAGCCGAUACUCAGAGGAGAAGUGGAACAAAGUGAAGGAGGCUCGCAAGCAGCAAGGGCUCUUCUACUGGGAUGAAGACUUCCCAGAAGACGAGGAGGAGGCUUGGUACUUUGUCAGAGAGGGCAACGAGUAUGUCAGAAAGGAAGAGACUUCUGAAGCCAUGACUCUCAAAGCGAAAAGGGACAUCGACCCGGAUAUGAGGGCAGCUCUCACAAGCUCGGAUGGCAUCAUGCCAGUUGGCGCCUUGCCAAAGAUGGAAGGGCUCAAUGCUCAAGGCAGUAAAGCCUUGGUGGAAGCCAUGGGAAAGGUCACAGCUGCUCCAAAGCGACGCCCCAAGCCAAAGGAGGAUGAUAAGUCUGAACCUGCGGAGCCUUUGACGACUGAAGCCAAAGGCAAAGGGCUUCUGCAGGAGAUGCUAAAGGAUGCAGCUGAUGCCAGAACUCAGAGCAUCAAGCUCUGUGACAUGGAAUUCGCCGAGGCGUUGAGUCAGGAGCUUCUUGAGUACGCUGCCAAGAUGGAAGGGUAUUACAAGAAAUUGGCACAAGCUAUCAAAGAGAAGACAAAAGAGGCAGAGCUGAAGGGGCUGAUCGACAAGAUCAGUGGCAUCAUGACCGGCGGAGGCAAAGCGCAGGCUGCAGCGGCAGCGUUCUUGAAACCCGGAAAGCCAAAGAAGACCAAGAAAAAUGGGGGCGCAAAGAAGGCUAAAGCGAAAGGAGGAAAGAAGUGA